CUCCUCGCCCCGCCGUUCGCCUCGCAGCCUGGUAGCCGCGCUCGUGUCUCCGUGCACAGCUGCAGCAGCCCCGCUCCCCCCCCGGCCCACUCCGGCUCUGUUUCUCUGUGUCUGUGCCCUCUCGUCCGAGCGCUGCGCUGCGCUUCCCCAGUCGGUCGCCCCCGCAGCCUAUGGCCCUGGAAGGCGCCGCUGCCGCCGCCUGUAUUUCUGCUGUAGGUUCCCACAUCCCUCUUUAAAAAUUCCGCCUAAAAAGAGAAGACGAUUUACCAAAUCUUUCAGGCCGUUAUCUCACGGCAAAAUCUCUGAUCAAGUUUACAACUAUCCAGAGGGUUUAGGAGAAGUGCUUUAUAGAGAGCAGUUCGACUUCAACGCUGAGCCACCUUGGGAACCUAGCUGAUGAUAGUAGGGUUCCAUCUCCUAACUUGUCCAUUUUGUUGCAUAAUUUAAGGACCCGGAUAUAAGGCUUGGAAGCCCAUCCCUUGUGUUUCUUGGUUUAUGACUGUCGGCUUUGUGGAAUACGGCUGAGAUGAAAGGAUUUCUUGAGGAUGCAAAUUACUCCAUUGGUCUGUUGGAUGAAGGAGCAACUCUUGCAGAUGUUAUUGACAACUGUAUUUAUGAACACACUCAUACUGGAAAAAGAGCAUUUUAUGUUGGUGAUCUUGGAAAGCUUGUAAAGAAUAACAUACAAUGGCAGAAUGUGAUGGCACCAAUAAAACCAUUUUAUCCUGUAAGGUGCAAUUCUACUCCAGGUGUACUCGAAAUUUUGGGAACCCUUGGCGUUGGAUUUGCAUGUUCCAGUAAAUCUGAAAUGGCAUUGGUACAAGACCUGGGCGUUUCUCCUGAAAACAUAAUAUAUACAAAUCCUUGCAAGCAAGCUUCUCAGAUAAAGUAUGCAGCGAAAGCUGGGAUAAACAUCAUGACUUGUGACAAUGAUAUUGAGCUGAAGAAAAUUGCACGUAACCAUCCAAAUGCCAAGCUCUUACUGCACAUUGCCACAGAAGACAUUACUGCUGAUGAGGAGAUGAAUAUGAAGUUUGGCACCACCCUGAAGAACUGUAGACACCUCAUGGAAUGUGCUAAGGAGUUGGGAGUCCAAAUAGUUGGUGUCAAAUUUCAUGUUUCAGGCUCUUGCAAGGAACUGCAAACCUACAUUCAUGCUAUCUCUGAUGCUCGGUGUGUGUUUGACAUGGCUGAAGAAUUUGGCUUUAAGAUGAACAUGUUGGAUAUUGGUGGGGGCUUCACAGGUUCCGAACUUCAGCUGGAAGAGGUUAAUCACGUCAUCAGGCCAUUGCUGGAUGUCUACUUUCCUAAGGAAUCUGGUGUUAAUGUGAUUGCAGAGCCCGGGUGUUACUACGUUUCAUCUGCAUUUACACUGGCAGUUAACAUCAUUGCGAAGAAGACUGUUGAGUAUGAUAAACUUCUUCCUUCUGGAGUGGAGCAAACCAGGAAUGAUGAUGAACCAGUAUUUACAUAUUACAUAAAUGAUGGUGUUUAUGGUUCUUUUGCAAGUAAAUUGUCUGAGAAACUGAAUACUAUCCCAGAGGUUCACAAGAAAUACAAGGAAGAUGAGCCUCUGUUUGCAAGUAGCCUUUGGGGUCCAUCCUGUGAUGAGCUUGAUCAAAUUGUGGAAAACUGUCUUCUUCCUGAGUUGAGCGUUGGAGAUUGGCUGAUCUUUGAUAACAUGGGUUCUGGUACCUUAGGUGAACAGUCUACCUUUAACGACUAUCAGAGGCCACUGAUUUACUACAUGAUGUCUUUCAGUGACUGGGAUGAGAUGCAAGAUGCUGGAAUUGCUUCAGACACAUUGAUGAAGAACUUCUUCUUUGUGCCUUCGUGCAUUCAGCUGAGCCCAGAAGACCGCUUUUCCACUGCAGCUUAAACAGGCAUUAACGCUUCAUUUAGACCUGCAGUUGCAAGUCUGUAGUUUGUCUGGUCAACAUUCCAGUGUGGAAGAAAUGGAACAAUCUUGAAUUCAAUUCAUUCUCUUCAAAACUUGAAAAAAAUUAAUAAUAGCUAAUGGGGACCAGGCAAAACAAGCUACAGCUACAAUUCACGGGGGGGGUGGGAGGGUUAGAUAAUGGUGUCCAAAUUAAAAAUCAAGUUCAUUCAACCCCUGAGCGUUUAAAUAUGCAACAAAAUGGAUGACUUAGUGGAGAUGGAAACCCAUCACUUGGGUUCUUCAACAGUUUACAUACAAGUACACAGUUUUUAUACUAAGGAUUCCUGUUAGAAAAGUCUUGUAAAGUUACUGUCUUUCGCCCAGAUAUAUCAAAUGUCAGUGGGAGACCAGUGUGACUUCAUUAGAUGUUUAGUGUAUUUAGAAUGUGUAAAUUUGUGCUUUGAACUGUAGUUUAAUAAAUGUAAAAUUGCAUCAUAGUAUUUGUUGUAUUUGACCCUUGAUGUAUCCCCUGUAUGACUGCAAUAAAACUUUGUGUAGAUUUUA